AUGAGAAAAAUUGUACGACGAUUGAAUAAAAUUGAUCAUUUACCAAUUUCUUCAGCGUCCGAAAGUAUAAAUCAAUGGGUUGAAAAUACAAAGAACGGUAUACAAGACAGUAUCAAUCGGAUCUUUCCUAAAUCAGAUUGGCAACAAGCGGUUCGUAUGAAUGAGAUCCGAAAUGAAGAUUUGUCAAUGGAGAAUUUCCAUUUGAACAAUACAAGAAUUUGUAAACAUUUAUGUAGAGAUCUAAAAGCAUAUCUGGAUGGUAGUGCCGUACAAGAAGCAUUGGAAACAGGCGUAGACACGAAUGGUCACUACGGUGAUUCAUCUCAAAAUACUAAAAACGUCGAUUAUAUACCUUCUCUUGAGAAAAUAUGCGUGGAUACCCAUCUAAAACAAUGGAUCAAUCAUGGCGAACUAGCUGGACAGUAUCAAAAUGCAGCACUGACGCAUUAUGGUUCAACAGAUCCCGUCGGCUAUAGCCGAUUUAUCCUAACAUCGUUGACAAUUAUUCGCUUCAUGCACCAUAAACUAUGCGAGGACAACAUAUUAAAACGAUUGAAUGCACAUUCGAUUCGAAUUUUUGGUGUUACCAAAUCGAAACGAUAUGACAUUAAACAUGUCAAUGCAUUUGGUGUUUACUAUGCUGCCGAGAUUGAUAAACAAAACAAGAUACAGGAAGUUCAACAAGCGAAACAGCGAUAUACACAUCUUAUGGACUCUAUACGCGGUCUGUCUUGCGCAUGCACUUAUUCAUACGGUUACCGCACCAAAUUUCAACGCGACAGCGCAUUAGCUGUCAUCUUCGAACCACAAAUGCCGAGUGAAAUUCGAUGUUAUAGAGAACUUUUUUGGCAAUUUCUUAAUCGGCCUAAGCUCAAUCCAAGCAGUAUGAUACAUAGAUGGUUAAAUGCUUCUCCUCAUGGAACGAAAUUGAGUCCAUACUACCAUGGUCCAGAGAAGUGGUUAGCUCAACAGCCAUUGAAGGUUUUUUUAUUCGAAAAUCGUUUAGAGGUGCGCAUCUCUCCUACACAACCAAUUGAAAUCGAAAAGGAGCACCGCAUGUUAACUCCUCAGCUCAACCACUCCGAUUACAAACAAUUACAAUUUGCUAUAGACAGCACAGGAUUUAUUGAAAAUGAUGUCAUUGCGAAAUUAUCCGAUUGUUCAUUAGAAAUUCAAUCUAAAGAAUUUGUUGAAUUUGGCUCAUUUUGA